AGUAUUAUUAUUAUUUUUCCUUAAAGCAAGUACCACCUGCUCAUCUUUGCUUACUAUAAAGAAGAGGGGUGUUUCAACAACUGAGUACUGUGGCUAUUAAGCUUUUGAAUCUUUGAUAAUCUUUGCUGUGAUCAAUGGCAACAACCACAAGCAAGUUCAUUCACGCUAAUGGUGGAGUUGGAGAAACAAGCUAUGCUAACAACUCCUCACAUCAGAAUAAGCUAAUAUCCAAAGUGAAACCUAUGCUGGAACAAAGUUUAAGGAGUCUCUAUAGCAGCUCUCUACCAAGUUGUCUGAAAGUGGCAGAUUUAGGGUGUUCUUCAGGUCCUAAUGCACUCAAAUUAGUGUCUGACAUCAUUGACAUUGUAGAUUCUAUAAGCUGCAACCUUGAUAAUCAUGAUAAAAAGCCACUUGGAUUCCAGUUUUUCCUGAAUGAUCAAUUUCAGAAUGAUUUCAACAACAUAUUUCAGUCACUGCCUCACUUCUAUGAGAGGAUAAAGGAAGAAAAGGGAGAGAGACUCGAUUCGUGUUUCGUGAAUGCAACGCCGGGGAGCUUUUAUGGGAGGCUCUUCCCUAACAAUUCCAUUCACUUCUUUAAUUCUUCCACAAGUCUGCAUUGGCUCUCUCAGGCCCCGAAGGGAUUGGCUAAGGGAACCGGAUUGGUUAAUAAGGGAAACAUUUACAUAACAAGUACAAGUCCACCAGAGGUGUACCAAGCAUAUCUUGAUCAGUUUCGACAUGAUUUCGGUGCAUUUCUAAGAUCUCGUGCAAAGGAAUUAGUGCAGGGUGGUGGUAUGUUUCUGUUGUUUCUUGGCAGAGAUCAAAGUUCUGAAAUAGUAACUCCUUAUGGAAUUCUUGGUUCAGCACUCAAUGACAUGGUUUCAGAGGGUUUGAUUGAAGAAGAAAAAUUGGACUCAAUUAACAUGCCAAGAUAUGGUGCUACACCAGAUGAAGUGAAACAAGUGAUUGAGUCAGAAGGGUCUUUUACUCUUCAAAAGCUUGAAGCUAUCAAUACCCCUUGGGAUGAGGGUUUGAACAAGAACAAUGACAAUGAUGAUACAAAUAUGAGUGCUGAUUUCAUAGCCAAAUAUGUAAGAGCUACUUGUGAACCGUUGAUGAAGGCAGAGUUUGGUGAAGGAAUAAUUGGUGAGUUAUUUGUAAGAUAUAGAAAGAAGCUUGUGGUGAAGUUGGAACAAGAGAAGUUAGAGUACACUAAUUUGGUCAUGUUCAUGACUAAGAAAUGACAUGAAUGUUAUUAUUUUGAAUAAGCUAUUCAAAUAUAUAAUUCUCUUCUUUUUUUUUU